CUUUUCCAAGAUAAUUGCUCACAGUGUUUUAAUCCAUCACAGGGAUCAAGACGGGCAAUGGUCAAGCCGCUCACCUUCAAGGGCGACAAAAAGCCCAAGAAGAGAAAGCGCCCCGCCGCCGAGGACGACAAUGACGAUGCGCCGGGAUCCAAACAGGCGGCGGCCGACGCCGUCGACGAAGAAGCAGUCGCCAACGACGACAGCUGGGUCUCGGCCGAGGCCGUGAACGAUGUCUCGGGCCCCGUCAUGUUUGUGCUGCCCACGGAGCCGCCGUCGGCGCUGGCCUGCGACGCCGCCGGCAAGGUCUUCACGCUGCCCAUCGAGAACAUUGUGGACGGGAACCCGGCGAGCGCGGAGCCUCACGACGUGCGGCAGGUCUUUGUCGCGAACAAGAUUGUCGGCACCGAGAACUUUCGGUUCAAGGGGCAUCAUGGAAAGUAUCUCGGGUGUGACAAGAUGGGCAUACUAUCAGCAACCUCAGACGCCGUCUCCCCGCUAGAGUGCUUCGUCCUCAUCGCGACGCCAGACACCCCCGGCACGUUCCAAGUGCAGACGCUACGCGAGACCUUCAUCGCCGUUAAGGAGCCCAAGGCCCGCACCGCCGCCUCAGCGUCCUCUUCCAAGUCGGCCAAGGCCGCCGCGCCUGAGGUCCGCGGUGACGCCUCGGACAUUACCUUCGAGACCACCCUGCGCAUCCGCAUGCAGGCGCGCUUCAAGCCGCGCAUUAAGGUGUCCAAGGAGGAGAAGGCGAGGGAGAGGAUCAGUCGCCGGGAGCUGGAAGAGGCCGUAGGUCGACGGCUCGAGGACGACGAGGUCAGACUCUUGAAGAGGGCGAGGAGAGAGGGCGAUUAUCAUGAGAAGCUGCUCAACCUCAAGAUCAAGAGCAAGCACGACAAGUACGGCUGA